UCGUUGUCGUCGUCCUUUGCGUCGUCGUCCUUUGCGUCGGCAAACGUAAUCAACAAUUUUUCGCGUGCGUUAGUCAAAUUUUGAUUUGUGAUUUGUGAUCUCCCAGUGCUAAUUGUGCUCGAACUAAAAAUUCACCAAAUCCCAGUUAAAUAUUUCGUGUGAUUAGCGCUGUCAACAUAAACUUAACCACGCUGGAUACUUUAGGGUUUAAAUAUUUCCACCAACGGAAAAUGGGCACAGCUGGCGAUCGCCUGCUGGACAUACCUUGCAAGGUGUGCGGCGAUCGCAGCUCGGGCAAACAUUAUGGCAUCUACAGUUGCGAUGGCUGCUCGGGCUUCUUCAAGCGCAGCAUUCAUCGCAAUCGGAUUUACACCUGCAAGGCAACAGGUGAUCUCAAGGGUCGCUGUCCCGUGGACAAAACACAUCGGAAUCAGUGCCGCGCCUGCCGCCUAGCCAAGUGCUUUCAAUCGGCCAUGAAUAAAGACGCGGUUCAACAUGAGCGCGGUCCCCGCAAGCCGAAGCUACAUCCGCAGCUUCAUCACCAUCAUCAUCACGCUGCAGCUGCAGCGGCUGCUCACCAUGCGGCCGCCGCCCACGCCCACCACCACCACCAYCAUCACCAUCACGCCCAUGCGGCGGCGGCUCAUCAUGCGGCGGCCGCUGCAGCCGCCGCUGCCGGACUGCAUCAUCACCACGGCAGCCAUAUGCCCGUGUCGCUGGUGACCAAUGUCUCCGCGUCGUUCAACUAUACGCAGCACAUCUCGACCCACGCACCGCCGGGCGGCUUCCAUUUGCCCACAGGUGCGAGCCAGGGCGGUGCUCCGGCCCUGCCCCACCAAGGGCAGCCGAGCCAUGGCGCCCAGUCGGCCGGAUCACAUGCGACGGCCUUUCAUCAUCCGGCCCAUGGGCAUGCGCUGGCUCCGCAUGCAGCUCUGCAGAAUGGCGGUGGUGGCAGCGGUGCACUCGGUGGUGCAGCUGGCGGUGCGUCCAGCGUCGCCAUGACCUUCCCACCCCACUUGCUGCAUCACAAUCUGAUCGCCGAGGCGGCCAGCAAGUUGCCCGGCAUCACGGCGGCAACGGCUACGGCUGUGGCUGCUGUUGUCUCCACCACGCCGUAUGGCCACCACCCGGCCAGCUCGUCAGCCAUCGCAGCGAAUCACAGCAGCAACAACAACAACAASAACUACUCGUCGCCCUCGCCCAGCAACUCCAUACAGUCCAUCUCGAGCAUUGGCUCGCGCAGCGGCGCCGGCGGCGCUGACGGCGCUGCCAGCCUGAGCCUGGGCAGCGAGAGUCCGCGCGUCAAUGUGGAAACGGAGACGCCGUCGCCGUCGGCAUCGCCGCCGCUGAGCGCUGGCAGCGUUUCGCCAGCGCCCACGUUGACCGAUUCGCAGAGCUUGGCCGCAUCCAGCGCAUCGCCGCAUCCGGCACAGAGCUCGACGCACUGCCUCAGCGACAACUCGCAUCAGACGAACAAUCCGGCAACGCCGCCCACAAAUGCUGCGCUGCUCAUGCACAGCAUUCAUGUCAACAACAACAAUAACAACAACAAUAGCAACAACAAUAACAAUAACAGCAACAACAACAACAACAAUCUGAGCAACAAUAAACAGCUUAGCUACACAUCCGGCUCACCCACGCCCACCACGCCCACACCUCCGCCCGCGGCGCUGGCAACAGCGCGCUCCAGCAGCGCCUGCCAAGGCUCGAACGGUUUCCUGGAACUGCUGCUCAGUCCGGACAAGUGCCAGGAGCUCAUCCAGUAUCAGGUGCAGCACAAUGCGCUGCUCUUUCCGCCGCCGCUGCCCCAGCAGCUGCUCGACUCGCGCCUGCUCUCCUGGGAGAUGCUGCAGGAGACGACGGCUCGCCUGCUCUUCAUGGCCGUGCGCUGGGUCAAGUGUCUGAUGCCCUUCCAGACAUUGUCCAAGAACGAUCAGCAUUUGCUGCUGCAGGAAUCCUGGAAGGAGCUCUUCCUGCUCAAUCUCGCUCAAUGGACCAUUCCCUUGGACUUGACGCCCAUACUGGAAUCGCCGCUCAUCAAGGAGCGCGUGCUGCAGGAUGAGGCGACCCAAAUGGAAAUGAAGACCAUACAGGAGAUCCUCUGUCGCUUCCGUCAGAUAACGCCCGAUGGCAGCGAAGUGGGCUGCAUGAAGGCCAUUGCACUGUUCGCCCCCGAGACCGCCGGCCUGUGCGAUGUGCAGCCGGUGGAGAUGCUGCAGGAUCAGGCGCAGUGCAUACUCUCCGACCAUGUGCGACUGCGUUAUCCGCGCCAGGCCACACGCUUCGGUCGGCUGCUGUUGCUGCUGCCCUCGCUCCGCACGAUACGAGCGGCGACCAUUGAGGCGCUCUUCUUCAAGGAGACUAUCGGCAACGUGCCGAUAGCACGACUUCUGCGCGAUAUGUACACCAUGGAGCCGGCGCAGGUGGACAAGUAGAU